GCCGUCUUGGCACUGUUUUGCAUACCUGUCUUCCUCUGGUUCCUCCUCACUUCUCUUGGCUCUCGAAGACGAUCUCCAUGCCCGCUUCCCCCAGGGCCCCCUGGUAAGUUCCUGUUGGGCAACCUCGGGCAGCUCAGCGCACACCCCGAGCAGGACUACAUGACGUGGGGCAAAGAGUACAACUCCGAUGUCAUCCACAUCAAGGUUCUGGGCCAACACAUGAUAUGUCUGAACAGCAACAAGGCGGCCGUAGACCUCCUCGACAGGCGAGGGUCCAAUUAUUCUGACCGGCCUCGCUUCACGCUCUUCGAAGUCAUGGGUUGGGGCCUCACCUUGACUUUCCUCCGCUGGGGGCCUCGCUUCAAGCUCCACCGGCGCCUCUUCCAGACAACCUUGACUCGGUCUUCCAUCAAGACUUUCCAGCCGAUACAGAUGCACGAAGCUCACAAAGCAGUACGAUCUCUUCUGAAGACUCCAAACGACUGGCGAGACGUCACGCUUCUUCUCACCACGAGUAUCAUCUUUCGCAUCGCCUACGGCCAGGAGAUUAAGUCCAAAGCAUCGCCUUACACUGGCAUGUCUCGCGCAGCCAACGAUGUCACAACCAACGGCGGCAUAGCAGGGUCCUCGGUCGUCGAUAUUUUCCCGCUCGCGCGGUACUUCCUGCCGUCGAGCCUGUCACCAGCGCUGAGGCAUGCGAGGCAGAGCAGGGAGACCAUCAAGACGAUUCAUGAGGUCCCCUGGGAUAACAACAUGCGCGACAUCAAAGCAGGCACUGCAACACCAAGCUUCAUGAAGACACACUUUGACCGCUGGGUCAGCAAUGCGAAGGCCGGCAUUCACCAGGAAGCCACGAUCGAGGAUCUGAAGGGGGCGACGGCAGCUGUGUUCAUCGCGGGCGGGAACAGCACAUGGGGCACAGUGCUGAGCGCGAUUUUGUUCCUCACCAAGUUCCCCGACGUCCAGAGGCGCGUCCAAGAAGAGAUUGACACUGUUGUUGGCACGGGCCGGCUCCCGACGUUCCAAGACCGGCCGACGCUCAAGUACCUAGACGCCUUCUUGACCGAGUGCAUGCGGGUCCUCCCUCUGAAUCCUCUUGUCAUCCCACAUUGUAGCCUGAAGGACGAUGUAUACGAGGGCAUGUUCAUUCCGGCUGGAAGCGUGGUGUUUGCAAACGCCAAGGCGAUGACGCGCGACCCCAACACAUACCAAGACCCGGAGAAAUUCGACCCAGAUCGAUACGCUAAGGGGGAACCGUCUCCUCCGGGAAAUUUCGGGUUUGGGCGGCGAAAAUGCCCAGGGAAUCAUCUCGCGCUUGCGACAGUUUACAUCUAUGUUGCGACAAUGAUGAGCGUGUUUGAGAUCGAGAAGGUCGUGGAUAGAACGGGGAGAGCAAUGGAGCCCGAGAUCGAGCUGACUGUCGGCCUAGGAGGUCAUCCCGCGCCGUUCGAGUGUCAGCUUAAACUUAGGUCACCAGAGCGGGCCUGGCUCCUACAAGAUGAGGAGAUGCAGGAAUACUAUUGACGUCUUGAUGACUGAUGACUGACGAUGGCACGCAUAGAAGACUUGCAUUUACGGGGACAAAAGUAGUUUUAGAUAUAAAUAGACUCCCAAGAUUUACUCC